AGGGGGGAGGGGGGACCAGAGGGAGGAAGACGCGGCGGCGGCGGCGGCGGCUCCUCUUUGCAGAGGGGGAAAACUCUGAGGGGACCAGAGCUGGAAUAAUGCGGUAGGAAAGGCGGGCUCCCGGCUCCGGCUCCGGCUCCGGCUCCGGCUCCCGCAGCGGCGGCGGCGGCAGCACCCAGCGGCAGCACCCCAGGCGCUGACAGCCCCGCCGACCGGCUCCCUCGCUGACCGCCGGCUGUCAAUGGAGCUGGAAAACAUCGUGGCCAACACGGUCUUGCUGAAAGCCAGGGAAGGCUCAGCUCCAGUCUCACCUCUCCCACCUGCCAGGAAGGCUGGAAGCCCCUCUCCACCGGGAAGACGGAGCCAGGGAGAGAAGACAUUGCAGGAAGCCUCGGGGCCUGGCUUGGAGUUGGCUGGAGCUGUGGCUGGGGGCGGAGGAAAACGCAAAGGGAAAAGCAAGAAGUGGAAGGAAAUCCUGAAGUUCCCUCACAUCAGCCAGUGUGAAGACCUCCGGAGGACCAUAGACAGAGACUACUGCAGCCUGUGUGACAAGCAGCCGAUCGGGAGGCUGCUCUUCCGGCAGUUCUGUGAAACGAGACCGGGGCUGGAGUGCUACAUCCAGUUUCUGGACUCCGUGGCAGAAUAUGAAGUUACUCCAGAUGAAAAGCUGGGCGAAAAAGGGAAGGAAAUUCUGACCAAGUACCUCACCCCUAAGUCCCCGGUUUUCGUCGCCCAAGUCGGCCGGGACCUGGUCUCCCAGACAGAGGAGAAGCUCCGACAGCGGCCCUGCAAAGAGCUCUUCUCGGCCUGCGCUCAGUCUGUGCACGACUACCUGAGGGGAGGGCCCUUCCGUGAGUACCUGGACAGCAUGUACUUUGACCGCUUUCUCCAGUGGAAGUGGCUGGAGAGGCAACCGGUAACCAAAAACACCUUCAGGCAGUACCGCGUGCUGGGGAAGGGCGGCUUCGGGGAGGUCUGUGCCUGCCAGGUGCGGGCCACAGGGAAGAUGUAUGCCUGCAAGCGCUUGGAGAAGAAGAGGAUCAAGAAGAGGAAAGGGGAGUCCAUGGCCCUCAACGAGAAGCAGAUCCUGGAGAAGGUCAAUAGCCCGUUCGUGGUCAACCUGGCCUACGCCUACGAGACCAAGGACGCCCUGUGCUUGGUGCUGACCAUCAUGAACGGGGGCGACCUGAAGUUCCACAUCUACAACAUGGGCAACCCCGGCUUCGAGGAGGAGCGCGCCCUGUUCUACGCGGCAGAGAUCCUGUGCGGCCUGGAGGACCUGCACCUGGAGAACACCGUCUACAGAGACCUGAAGCCCGAGAAUAUCCUGCUGGAUGAUUACGGCCACAUCAGGAUCUCCGACCUGGGCCUGGCCGUGAAGAUCCCCGAGGGAGACCUGAUCCGAGGCCGGGUGGGCACCGUCGGCUACAUGGCUCCCGAGGUCCUGAACAACCAGAGGUACGGCCUGAGCCCCGACUACUGGGGCCUGGGCUGCCUCAUCUACGAGAUGAUCGAGGGCCAGUCGCCGUUCCGGGGCCGCAAGGAGAAGGUGAAGCGGGAGGAGGUGGACCGCCGGGUCCUGGAGACGGAGGAGGUGUACUCCCCCAAGUUCUCCGAGGAGGCCAAGUCCAUCUGCAAGAUGCUGCUCACCAAAGACGCGAAGCAGCGGCUGGGCUGCCGGGAGGAGGGGGCGGCCGAGGUCAAGAGGCACCCCUUCUUCAGGAACAUGAACUUCAAGCGCCUCGAAGCCGGCAUGUUGGACCCGCCCUUCGUUCCCGAUCCCCGGGCCGUGUACUGUAAGGACGUGCUGGACAUCGAGCAGUUCUCCACCGUGAAGGGCGUCAACCUGGACCACACGGACGACGACUUCUACUCCAAGUUCUCCACGGGCUCCGUGCCCAUCCCCUGGCAGAGCGAGAUGAUAGAAACGGAGUGCUUCAAGGAGCUGAACGUGUUUGGACCUAACGGUACCCUCCCGCCAGACCUGGACCGGAGCCACCCUCCGGAGCCACCGAAGAAAGGGCUGUUCCAGAGGAUCUUCAAGCGUCAGCACCAGAACAAUUCCAAGAGUUCGCCCAAUUCCAAGACCAACUUCAACCACCACAUACACUCCAACCACGUCAGCUCCAACUCCACCGGAAGCAGCUAGGUGCCGCUUGGCCCGGAGGUCCACGUGGGGCGGGCUAGGCCCUGUCCUCAGGAGCAGAACUCGUGGCCGGCGGAGCGUCCACGCCGGAGGGUGGACGGGCGGCCGGCCCGGAGCCGGCGAAGGAAGGAGGCGCCCCCGGGCACGGAGCCCCGGGUCCCCAGCUUCCACUCAGGUCUGAGCAGACGCGGCCCGCCCGGGCGGACGGCUCCGUCUCUGUCGCCUGUGGCAGUAGCACUCCGGCCGAUAGGACGGCAGCGACGCGCGUGCGUUUUAACAGCAUCCUGACUAGGACGGAACUUGGUCUUUAUUAUUUUUAAAGAAACGUUUUGUAAAUUUCUCUAUCGCCUCAGUUUACAUUUUGUAUAUUUGUAUUUAAAUGAAAGUCAGACUUGGAGGGUGUAUAUUUUCUGUGCAGCCACUGGUAAGCCAUGUGUUUUCAGACAUUUUAGAGGGGGCGGGGGGGGGGGGGGUCCGGAUUUACCAAAAAAAAAAAAAAAAAAAAAAUGUGACUCAAGACUUCCACAGCCUCGAAUGAGAGACCGUUUUUAUUAAACGUAGAAAAUGACUCAC